CAAAAGCACUCUUCCUUCUUUAUAAAAACCCUAAAAAAAAGCGGCCGUUCUCUUCCUGGUGGCUUAAACUCUUUUCUCUGAAUCAAAAUUUAACUCUUUCCUCAAUAAAAUCUAUCACGUUGAGAUUACCAUUUUCAGUAUUCUCCCUGUCAUUUUUCUCUCUAGAAUCAGUACUGCAUUCGAAGCUUCAUCUUGAAAGAAAUUUAGUGAAGAAGGUUAUUAAUAUCAUCAAGAUUCAAGAUCAUCCUAUCAGAUGCUCAAAAUUCAAAGCCCACCACUCACAAUUGGUUUUCUAUUGUUUCUUUGAAUUCCAUUGAUAUAUACAACUCCGAAAUUAAUCUUUCUGACUCAUGGAUUUCUCUGAAGACUGGAAAGCGUACUUCCCUAUCGGCUCUGUCCCUUGUCCGCCUCUUCUUUUACCUGAAUCUGUAGUAAAAUCUACAAUCGGUCCGCUUCUGUUUAGCCCUUCUCCUGGAACCCGAAGAACAGUAUCUUCAUCUACUCAAGUUAAGUCAGGUGAUUUCUCUUCUAAUAACAAUCUCGGUUUUUGGAAAAAUUGUCAAUAUUCUAUUUGAGCUAUAAUUGUCUAGAAUAACUAUAUGAAUCGCAUGAAUGGAUUUAUUGGUGAAAUCCUGAGUCCCAGGCUCUCGUAACAUUAAGUGAAACCAAAAUUAAGUCUGAAAUCAAAUCUUUACAAGUCUUUGAACGAACUUCUACUUAUCACUUUCAAAACUACAUCAACAAUGCUUCUUGGGAGUUUGACGAACCAUCUGCAAUAGAACAUUUGGAACCAGCUGAAUCACUGGAUGAAGACUUUCGUAUGGAUUUGUUUCAGAGAGGUGAUAUUUGUAAGAAAAUGAAGUACUGGGAACUAGAUUAUCUCCUUCCUUAUUUACACGGUGAUCUUCUUGCAAAAGUCGUGAAGGAGGGUUCUGGUUGUACGCAGUCAUACACUCAAGAAAAGUACAAAUAUUUGCAUGACCAUUUGAAGGCUUCUAGUGUUGAUCAGAUUGGGUCGCUGCCUGAUAUUGUUAAGGUUUUAACUUCUGUUAGUGUUCCAAUGAGCAUAAAUGAGAUUGCUGUAAGUAGAAUGUGGACUGGCCUAGCCAUCGGUGCUGUACAGCUAGCGUAUUCUCCGUAUCCAGAGCUCCCGCAAAUUAAACUGGACUUUAAGGAAGUGUCCAUGGACUUGUUACAUAUUCCGAAGUCUCAUCAGCUGCCACCAUUUUUAUUGAGGAAGCCUUCGAGAAGAAAUAAGGAGUCCCAAAAAGUGCAGCCUGGUGAUGAUCUUUUGGGACCAGUGCUUCCUCUACCGGUUCUAGUCAAUCUUCACAAGGUAGAAAAGGAGAUGGGUUCAUCAGCUGCGGACAAAAAUGAAUUCUCAUUAACUCACCAAUGCAAUGAGAUCAUCAGAGUGGCCAGCAUUGUGGGUUUGCCAGGCUCUUCUGCUGAGUUACUUGACUCCCAUGCUGUUUCUCUUGAUGAUGACAUGGACGAGAACUCUAGUGGUUUCCAAGAGGUAAAGUCAUUGAUCUUUUAUAAACCAACAUCAUUCACUAGUGAGAACCACCACUCUGUGGAACAGCCUGUUCUGAAAGAUACCUCUGCAACAUUCAUCAUGAAAGCGAACAAAUCUGAUUUAGAGAUGUUUGAUGAUCUGUGCCCAAUUGAGUUGAAGUUUGAUUCUCCUACUGGAAACUUUGGGAAGGAGGAGUUGGAGGCACUCAAGUUGUUGAAGAGACGAAUUUCCUCAUGGCAGGGAAAGUAUAAGCCUUGUCAGGCUUUAGUUGGACGUCAAGCGUAAAAGAUGAUAACACUCUUUAACCAUCCAGGGCUGCUGGAAAUCGUCGGAGGUACUGUAAGGCUAAAGAUGCUUCAUCUCCAAAUAAACAAUUUAUUUUGUUGGGGAUUCUCAUUGGAGGAUGUUAGCACUUCCAUUGAUCUAAUGGUCCCAACAAGUAUUUUUCUUUUGUUAGCGCACUGAAUUGUUAACCGACUUCUUUGUGGUUCAGCAACAUCAUUUGGCAGGUCAGCUUUGCAGGCUUGCAGCCUCUCUUCCCUAUCUAAUAAGUUUUGCCUGAUAGCUUUUUAUAUAUUCUAUAGAAUUAGUAUUAUUGCAGGUACGUGUUCUUCUCCUUGAAUCCUUACAACAGUGUUAUAGUUUUUUAUAUAUUCUUUAGAAUUUCACGAAGUCUCUGUUGAAAGCUCUGAACCACAACAUUGUUUAAUUGUUUGUCUGUAACUCUGAAUUGUCAUUUCAGGUGCCCCGAUGAAGGUGGCAGUAGUCAAUAUUAAAAAACGCCUCCCUCUUGCACAAAGACUUGGAAAAAUGUUCAGAAACCUGACUACUUUGUUACCAUGUAUAUAUAUAUUAACCAUGUAUAUCAAUUGCCUGCAGGGUUUGGGGUUAUCAUACUGAAGAAAACUCUUCUGUGCUGAUGCUAGUGCUUGCAAGGUGUCUGUUCUUGCAAAUCUGUUUAACUGGAUAGCUCGGUGUAUCAAUAAUCAAGGGAUUCUGCCAAGGGAUGAAAGAAGAAUUGAAAGACAAAGACAAUGCAAAUGUAAUGUACUUGAAGAUAAAAUCAGAGGUUGAAAACUUGGUGUCAUAUUUGAGAGAACUAAAGAGAGAAAAGGACCUAUAGAGAGGUAUACUUGAGAGAACUAUCUACAAGGCCAUGUAAGCUCCGCGUAGAUCAAGUUCCUAUCUCUGAACUGUAAAUUAGAUUUUCAUGUUCAUCUCUUGUAAGAUUGUAUAAAUGAAACUUUUGUUUUCUCUGUAAGAAAUUCCACGUGUGAUUUUGGUAA